AUGAUUGGGAAGGGUGGUGAUGAUUUUUUAUCAUCGCACUCGGAUAGCUUCGAUGAUGAGUUUUGCAAGUUGGAAAUGGAACAAGAGGAUGAUGGCGGGUCGGAUCGCCUUCAGAUUGACACACCCGAUAGUAGCUUGUCAAAUGAGCUUUACGAAGAAGAAAUUCGCGCCGAGUUUCAAUCCGAAUUCGAAGAUGAUGCGCCAGGAGAUGAAACCACAAGCUCAGAAGGAAGCGAAUACGAGAAAAAUGACAAAGAAUACGAAUUAGAAGAUAUGUACGCGAUCGCCAUGGAAGAGUCGGAUUAUAUUACAUCACGUGACUACGGCAUUGGGCCUUAUUGA